GGAAUGGAGGAAGAAAAAAAAGGAAAGGAAGAAGUAGCAGUCGACUGUCCCUGCUGUUCACCCGCAGCCUCUCGGACAGCAUGAGACGCACUCUGCUCUGCUGACUGAAAGGAAGCUUUAAAUUUGAUAAUUAAAAAAGACAUUAAGUCUUUACAACAAAACGGAAGGGCCUCGUUUCGGCGCGAACGAUCGUUCUAGUUAGUGAGCUAGCUUAGCCUGUUAGCUUAGCUGGACACCCACUCAGCCGUGUCCGAGUGUGCAGGACUUCACACCAUCAGGAGCGUGGAGACAUCCACCCGGAACUGCACCAAAACUGACCCGGGCUUCACAUUACAACUGCAGCUGCACGUGUCGGGUUCAAACGCGGCUUUUGCACUUAAAAGUUCAAACAACAACAACAACAACAAAAAAUACAUCCUGCAAAACAAGGAAGUGUGAAUGAACGUAGGGCUGCAACUGCAUUGCAUCAUUGUGCAGCUCUUUUGUGCAACCUGCAGCCUGUUCGUCCGCCCAGCAGUGCCGAUAUCGAUCAUCUGUGAAAGCGUCUGUGCGUGCGGUCGAUAUAUCGAUCUCUAAUCAACUAAAGUAGGCUGGAAGCGCGCUCUGCCGUUUCAGAGAUGAUUCCCGACAAAGCGCCGAAGGAAGACGUCUUCCACGGGUCCGAGGAGUUGAAGAAGGAGGCUCACAUCCCCAGCUUUGAGAGAUAUAAAGAGCUCUACCUGAAGUCCAUAGAGCAUCCCGACGAGUUCUGGGGCGACGUUGCCAAAGAUUUCUUCUGGAAGACCAAACACGCGGGUCGUUUCCUGGACUACAACUUCGACGUGACCAAAGGAGAAAUAUUCGUCAAGUGUAUGGAGGGAGCAUCCACCAACAUCUGCUACAACGUGCUCGACCGCAACGUGCACGAGAGGAAGCUCGGCGAUAAAGUGGCCUUCUACUGGGAAGGCAACGAGCCCGGCGAUGAGCUGACGGUGACCUACAGAGAGCUGCUGCAGAGGGUCUGUCAGUUUGCCAAUGUCCUGAAGUCUCAGGGAGUGAAGAAGGGCGACCGUGUGUCCAUCUACAUGCCGAUGGUGGUGGAGCUCGUCGUAGCCAUGUUGGCCUGCGUCCGCAUCGGAGCCGUUCACUCCAUAGUGUUUGCAGGUUUCUCUGCGGAGUCUCUGUGCGAGAGGAUCCUGGACUCGCAGUGUUCGCUGCUCGUCACAGCAGAUGGUUUCUAUCGAGGAGAUAAGCUGAUCAACCUGAAGCUCUUAGCUGACGAAGCACUGCAGAAAUGCAGGGACAAGGGUUUCUCCAUCCAGAGGUGUAUAAUGCUGAAGCACCUGUCCAAAGAAGCCGGAGAUGCUCCUCUGGGCUCUCAGUCUCCUCCCGCCAAACGGCCCUGCCCUGACCUGCAGCAGGAGAAACAGACAGGGAGAGUAAAGAAAACACGUCCUGUCCCGCAGGUCCCAUGGAACCCUGAGGUGGACUUGUGUUGGCACACUCUGGUCCGUGGAGCGUCAGACGAGUGUGAACCAGAGUGGUGCGAGUCUGAAGAUCCUCUCUUCAUCCUCUACACCAGCGGCUCAACUGGCAAACCAAAGGGCGUUCUCCACACUCUCAGCGGCUACAUGCUCUACACCGCCGUCACCUUCAAACUGGUGUUUGACUACCAGCCCGGCGACGUGUACUGGUGCACGGCAGACAUCGGUUGGAUCACCGGACACUCCUACAUCACCUACGGCCCGCUGGCCAACGGGGCCACAAGCGUCCUGUUUGAGGGCCUGCCUACCUACCCCGAUGUGAGCCGUAUGUGGGAGAUUGUGGACAAAUAUCACGUGACCAAGUUCUACACCGCUCCGACCGCCAUCAGACUGCUGAUGAAGUACGGCAGAGAGCCGGUGCAGAAGUAUAAGCGAGAUUCCCUGAAGGUUUUGGGGACAGUGGGAGAGCCCAUCAACCCCGAGGCCUGGCAGUGGUACUACAGUGUGGUGGGAGAGAAGAGAUGUCCGAUUGUCGACACCUUUUGGCAGACAGAAACUGGUGGACAUGUGUUGACUCCUCUACCUGCAGCCACACCCAUGAAACCGGGAUCAGCUACGUUCCCGUUCUUCGGGGUGGUGCCGGCCGUCUUGAAUGAGUCUGGGGAGGAGCUGGAGGGAGCGAGUGAAGGAUACCUGGUGUUCAAACAGCCGUGGCCCGGCGUGAUGAGGACCGUGUACGGAAACCAGCAGAGGUUUGAAACCACCUACUUCAAGAAGUUCCCUGGCUACUACGUCACGGGAGACGGUUGCCGUAGAGACAAGGAUGGCUACUAUUGGAUAACAGGGAGGAUAGACGACAUGCUCAACGUCUCCGGCCACUUACUGAGCACAGCGGAGGUGGAGUCGGCUCUGGCGGAGCACGAGGCGGUCGCCGAGGCCGCCGUGGUGGGCAGACCUCAUCCUGUCAAAGGAGAAAGCCUCUACUGCUUCGUAACGCUCACCGAUGGAGUGACGUACAGCCGCACGCUGGAGGCAGAGCUCAAGAAACAAGUGCGGGAGAAGAUCGGUGCCAUCGCUACACCAGACUUCAUCCAGAAUGCUCCAGGACUCCCCAAGACCAGAUCUGGCAAGAUCAUGCGACGGGUGCUCCGCAAAAUCGCCUGUGACGAACGGGACCUGGGCGACAUCUCCACGCUGGCCGACUCCUCGGUGGUCGAGCAUCUCUUCCAGAACCGAUGCUGCGUUGGCGUGUGACGGCCUCCGUGGCGCCUCGCAGGGGAGGAGGCUCGGACUGCAGCCGCGCGCCGGCGGCCACAAACACAACCAGGGGGGAGAGGAGGAAGAAGAGGCGGAGGAGAGACACAAAGAACUUGGUCUUGGCCCAACAAACAACCUUUAGCUCCUGAUGAGUACGACCGGUGUGCAGCAGAGCCUGUAUCUAAAAAUGACCCUCGCUGUCUGGAACAUCUGUCUGGUUACUGGCAGACGUAGUAAACACUUUAACAGCAACAAACAAAGUGUAGGAAUGAAUAAUAACAUCAGUCGUUUGGUUUGAAUGUUUUCCAGAAGCUGACAGAGUUGCUGCUGUUUUAAUAAAAACAAAACAAGG